UAUGACAACUAUUUUAACCUAGUCAGUUUUCAGAAAGGGGGGGGUUUUAUACAAAUAAAUUUUCGUUUCAGAUUUCUCAUUAUUUUCGACGAAGUUUUUAUUGAAAAAUAAUUCAAAAAUGGCGCAAGCGUUUAUCACCAAAAAUAUGGAAACAUACCGAUGGCCGGAAAUAAGUAAAAGAAAAAGUUUGAAACCGACGGAUAAACUUGCAGAAAGUUUACCAGAAGGCGACAUAUGGAUUGUUAGAAAGGCAUUGGGAGAAGCUAAAGAAGGAGAACAAGAAGAUGAUGCUCUAAAAAUUGCUCAAGCCAAGGUAAAGGAAAUGUACCGAAAAAGAAUAUUAAGUACAUACCAAGUCGACUAUUGCCAUGGACUGUUAAAAGGCGAUGAAGUUCCUAUUAGUGCCGAAGAUUUGGAAUUUCAAUUGAUAGAAACCUGUAGAGAAUAUUAUAAGCCGAGAACUCAAAAAAUUAUGCCACCUCUGCCUACAUCCCGAAGGUUACUUGGGUAUAUUCGUCCAACCAAUAUGUACACACCACUAACAGAAUACCAGGCAGUUUAUGGUUAUGCAGGUUACAAGAUAUUGGAAAAGAAUAUUGAAAAAAUGAAGGAAAUAUCCAAACGUACAGUGUGCUAAUAGUCCCAAUUAAAAAUAUAUAAAUACUUUUAGUGAUUACAGUAAAUGUGAUUCAGUAUUUUUUUAGAGCUCUAAGAUAGAUAUUUACAUUGUGUAUGUAUAAUAACUCAGUGUAACGAACUUCUUCGAAUUGUAAUUCGAAACAUUGGUAA